AUGAUUGCACCUGAAGAAUUCACUGCAAUAGAUGAAAUAAUAAUACCAUUCAAAGGCAGAAGUGUAAUGAAACAAUACAACAAAUCAAAACCCCAUAAAUGGGGAAUUAAGAUGUUUGCAUUAGCUUCUAAGUCAGGUAUCAUUCAUGACUUUGAGAUUUAUGUGGGAAAAUCAACAAUAAAAUCUUCUACUAAAAUGGGUCUGAGUGGUGACAUUGUAAUUCGAUUGUCUAAUAUUUUGCCAAAACAUAAAAAUUAUAAACUAAGUUUUGAUAAUUGGUUUACAUCUUAUAAUUUAAUAUUACAUUUAAAAAGUUUAGGCAUUUUAUCUGUAGGCACUGUUCGAUCAAAUAGAAUAGCAGGAUGCCAAUUUGAAAAAGACAAAGAUCUCAAAAAAGCAGGAAGAGGGACAUAUGAUACAAGAAUUGAUACAUCUCAUGGUAUUAUAGGCAAGUGGUAUGAUAAUAAAAGUGUACACUUGAUAUCUAAUUACAUUAGUACAGAACCUACAGAUCCUGUAUUACGUUGGUCAGCAUCAGAAAAGGCACAAAUUCCUGUAAAAAGGCCAGCAAUGGUAAGAGAGUAUAACUCAUUUAUGGGGGGAAUAGAUUUACAUGAUAUGCUUGUAGAGAUUUACCGUACAGACCAUGAUAUAAUAAACUAG